UGUGAUGAUAGUGAUAGCUCUUAAUUGCUUCUAAACGUCUAUCCUAAACUUCCAGAGAUUUUUUAAGGAACUGUCUCUGAAACUUCUAUCCUGACACUUCAGGAAGGACUUCAACGGAAACGGGAAGAAGGGACUCUUCAUGCAAGUCGCAAGUUCGUGAUUCCCGAGUUUAAAUUGAGGAAUUUUCUUAUUCCAUCUCGGGCGUAUGCUCAACAUUUUGCCCGAAGACUCGUGACAACACUGUCAUGGCGGCUCUGUGUUCUACUGCUCUACCACCUUCUCUGAAUUUGUUGGUCCCACCACUGAGGCUGGUUUCAGCGUCUAUGUGGCAAGUGGCACAGCAGUGCCAAGUGAAAAACUAUACGAAGGUGGAGGAGUUUGUGUCUCUUGUUUUGGAGUUGGUCCCCAGCCUACUGAGCACCAAGGAAAGAAUCGAACUACUUCUUGGAUUGAGAACAAAGGUUAUUUUAGAAUUAUGUCGUGAUGACCCAUCAAUAACGGUCCAGACGAUGCAGCCACACUUCAAAAGACUCACAAAGAUUUCUGAAAGCACUUCAAGUGAAAGGGACAUGUACCAAAAAGUAGAUGCUGCUGUGAGGAACUUUGUGGAUCUCAUCCAGGACCUUGUGAAGAAACCGGGGUAUAGAAGACGUUACUUCCAGGACACCUACCCAUUGCAUUAUGGCCAGAGAUUUGACACAGCUCUGCAGUCUCUGGUGGAGGAAUUCCUGUCCAGAGUGGAAAUGUCACUACCAGUUCCAAGCUUCUAUCAGGUAGCCGCUUGGUUUGAUGAAGAUCCUUUGAUCUUGGAGGAUUGUCUACAGAUGGUUCAUGACCCAAAGCCCAUUCAGGUGUUAUUACAUCACUGCAAAGAUUUAACACGCCUAUCAUCAGGGUCCUCAUCACACAUCAUGCCCGACACUAUCCUGUCCACACUAUCUGGCACCCAUUGUUCUUCUGUGCAAGCAGCACUCAGCACAAAACCAGCAGAGAAAUGUGUUUCAGUACCCCAUGACCUCCAAAGUUCCCUGAACGACUCAGACACAUAUUAUGACCAUGAGGACUGGAGUGGAGAUGUGGAUGAAGGAGACCCACAGAGAGACUCUGAUGAAGGACAGAAUGUCACCAGUCAACACGACCAACAGAGUGACUCAGAGCAGAGCAGCCAAACACCAUUCAGCGAAAAAGAAGCGAAUGGGACCAAUGAACUUAAUAGCUACAGAAGUGCCGUUGAAAGCACGGUUAACAACGAUGAGGGAAAGGACACUGCGUCCACAGAGAAGAAUGGGGCACAAGGCAGCUUUCACAAGGUCCCCGUCUAUCCAGGCACAACAAAUGUAAGGUGCACCGAAUGUGGCAAAGCCUUUUAUUCGGAAUCAUUACUGAGAAAACACAAGGAAGCCCAUACGAAAGAGAAGAGCGCGGCACAACAGAAUGAAACAGGACAUCAGCCAGAGAAUACAGCAGCAUACACACCACGACUGCAUCCAUGCUCCAAAUGCCACAGCAUCUUUUAUUCGAAAUGCGGCCUUGAACAUCAUCUGAGAGUGCACACCAGGCAGAGACGUCAUCUUUGCUCUUACUGUGGCCAGACAUAUCACUCAAAAUCCCAAUUAGACGCGCACAUACGAACCCACACAGGGGAACGCCCUUUUGAGUGCUCAGUCUGUGGAAGGGGGUUUAAUUACCGUGACCUCUUAAUUCUCCAUGAGCGAAUACACACUGGUGAGAAACCCUACUUGUGUUCUUACUGUGGUAAAGCUUUUACUAGUGCAGGAGCGCUGAUGCUUCACACACGGACUCACACUGGAGAGCGCCCAUACAAAUGUGAAUUUUGCCCGAAAACGUAUACAAUGACUUGUCAUCUGACUAAACAUAGGAGAGUCCACACAAGGGAAAAACCUUACUCCUGCCCAGUGUGUUCAAAACGGUUUGCUCACCAGCAGGGUAUGAAAAAUCAUGUGCGAAUACAUACUGGAGAGAAACCAUAUGAGUGUUUGGAAUGUGGGAAAAAAUUUGCUGUGCAAUCCAAUAUGAAAGUACAUCAACGAGUUCAUAGAAAAAAAGAGAAUCAGUUACCUUAUUCCAGUAAUUGAGUUAAGCUUUCUCCUCUUUUUCUUUCAUACACGUGACCCUCCCUGAUGUGAAUUAAAAAAGGAAGCAUUUAUGUCCUAACAUUCUC